CCCUCCUUUGGAAGGCAGGCAGUUCAGACAGACGGAAAGGAUGGACAGCCGAGCUCUGUUAGUGGCCGAGCUUUGGAGCGCUCCUCCGCACGUUCGGAGAAAUGGGAAGAGCUAUGGGUUGGCCUAUUCUUCCUGCUCCUGCGGCGGUGGUGCAAGCUCGGGGCUGGGCUUGAAGGCGCUUGCCACUUCUGGCUUUGGACAUCGUAAGGUAGUGUAGGGGGGUUGGUGGUGGUGGAAAAGGCUCCUGGUGAUUCAUCUUGGAGUUGGGUGGCUUUGGAGGAGUGAUCGCCCCUUGUAUUGUUGCUUAACCGGCGGAUCUGUCAAGUGGCUUCCCUUUGUUCGCUACGUUGGUUGGUUAACAAGGUAGGGUGACUCUUUAAAAAAAGAGUUUGUGUUGCUGAGUCAUUCACCCCAGUCUGAGGGGUAAUUAGGAACAGCUGGUGCAGAUACGCGCAUCACAUGCCUCCACUAUAAAAGGUUGAGAGCGGCACUCACCAGGGCUUGCUCCAGGAGGCGGGCCCAGCUGCGGGCCGUGUGUUUUGAUACAGAGCUCGGAGAGCCGUUUGCAGUUGUGCUUGUCCCCUUCCAUCCUACGGGUUCUGGGGCUCCUACUCAGGUCAUUUAGCCUGUACCCGCUCAACCAUUGUGUGGACCCCAAGAAUGAGGAUGAAUUCUUUAUUAUUGACGGUCGGUGACAGUUAGAAGCAUGCUUCCCAGUGCUCUCCCUGACCCCGUUUGCCACCCAGGAUGUCUGUGAGUGAGAGCGCAGUGUUUGCCUAUGAGUCUUCCGUGCACAGCACCAACGUCUUGCUCAGCCUCAAUGACCAGCGGAAGAAGGAUGUGCUGUGCGAUGUCACUGUCGUGGUGGAGGGCCAGCGCUUCCGAGCCCACCGCUCGGUGCUGGCUGCAUGCAGCAGCUACUUCCACUCGAGAAUCGUAGGCCAGACGGAUGCCGAGCUCACCAUCACACUGCCUGAAGAGGUGACAGUUAAGGGAUUUGAACCUUUAAUUCAGUUUGCCUACACUGCCAAACUCAUUUUAAGUAAAGACAAUGUUGACGAAGUUUGCAAGUGUGUGGAGUUUCUAAUCGUGCACAAUAUCGAGGAAUCCUGCUUUCAGUUUCUCAAGUUUAAGUUUUUGGACUCCACUGCAGAGCAGCAAGAAUGUGCCAGAAAAAAAUGCCUCUCCUCACACUGUCAGAAAGCAGACUUUAAAAUUUCACUCUCCGACCAGAAAGAGCUAGAAAUCGAUGACGCAGAGGAGUUCUUGGAAAAGAAACACGUCCAGACUCCUCAGUGUGACCCCCAGAGGUGUCAGCGCGACGUGAAAGCUUCACCCUCUCUCCAAGACAGCGCCAGUCAGACGUGCCAGUCCAUGUGCUUGGAAAGGGAUGGCGCCCUGGCGUUGCCAUCUUUAUGCCCCAAAUACAGAAAAUUCCAGAAAGCGUUUGGAACUGACAAGAUCCGCACCCUAGAAUCCGGCCUCAAAGAUGUCCCUGCUGCUUUUGUCCAACCCAUCGAGACAUCUGACCUGGAGUGUCUAGGGGGCGCGCAGGGCUGUGCCGACCUACAGGUGGUUUUAAAAUGUGAAGACGCGAAGCCAGCCAUGGAGAGCGAGGAGGCAAAGCGCAGAGACCCCGCUUCUCGGUGCCCGGCCGCGCAGACCCCAGUGGCUCCUUUCGCUCACAAUUCCGCCGACGCCCACGGGCUCUAUUCCCUGCCAGUCUUACACACAUACGACCAGUCUGGUGACCCGGGCUUUGCUGGGGUGCAGAGCAAAACGGUGAAAACAGAAAAGUCUCUGCCAGGUGCGGAUGCCCAGGGAGAGAAGCCGUUCGGUGAGAGUCCAGAUUUAUACCUGAAAUCUGACCCGGGCCCCAAAGAAGACAGCAACAGCCUCGCAUCCAGCGACCGGAGUAGCGUGGAGAGGGAGGUGGCAGAGCACUUGGCCAAGGGCUUCUGGAGUGACAUUUGCAGCACGGACUCUGCCUGCCAGAUGCAGUUGUCACCCGCUGCGGCCAGAGAGGGCUCAGAACAGGCCCACUCGCAGAGGCGCUCCGAGUGCCCCUGGCUGGGUAUCAGGAUCAGCGAGAGCCCGGAGCCCGGCCAGCGGACUUUCACAACCCUCAGCUCCGUCAACUGCCCUUUCAUCAGCACUCUGAGUUCCGAAGGCUGCUCGGGCAACCUGGAAAUCGGAAGCUACGACUACGUGACAGAGCCUCCGCAGGAGCCUUGUCCCUACGCUUGCGUGAUUAGCCUGGGUGACGACUCCGAGACGGACACAGAAGGGGACAGUGAGUCCUGUUCGGCCAGGGAGCAGGAGUGUGAGGUAAAACUGCCAUUCAAUGCUCAACGAAUAAUCUCGCUCUCAAGGAAUGAUUUCCAAUCCCUGCUGAAGAUGCACAAACUGACCCCAGAGCAGCUGGACUGUAUCCAUGACAUCCGCAGAAGGAGCAAGAACAGAAUUGCUGCGCAGCGCUGUCGCAAGAGGAAACUUGACUGUAUUCAGAACCUUGAGUCAGAAAUCGAGAAGCUGCAAAGUGAAAAGGAGAGCCUGCUGAAGGAGCGAGAUCACAUUUUGUCAACGCUGGGUGAAACGAAGCAGAACCUCACCGGGCUUUGCCAGCAAGUGUGCAAGGAAGCCGCCCUGAGUCAGGAGCAGAUUCAGAUCCUCGCCAAGUACUCGGCCUCCGACUGCCCGCUUUCUUUCUUAGUUUCUGAGAAAGGAAAAAGUACUCCUGGUGGCGACCUUGCCUUUCCUUCAGUCUUCAGGGUGUCUGAGGCGCCUCCAGCGGCACCACCUCCCUGUGGGCCAGGGAGCAGCAAGGCAGGCCAGGAGCCAGUGCAAGUGUCCCAGACGAGGGUGCCAACCUCCGCAGCCACCCUGGAGCAGGCCGCGCUGCUGGAACCCUGUCGGCAGAGUGGCGGGAUCUCAGACUUCUGUCAGCAGAUGACUGACAAGUGUACUACUGACGAGUAAACCGCACGAGCGCCCUUCAGCCGUGAUUUCCUCCUGGAGCUUUGGCAUUGUCCCAAGAGCCGCAUGUGGCCCUGUCUACGUGUUCAGUGGCCCUGUCUCCCCCUGGUAGCUUUCUGUUGAGGGAAUUCCUCUUUUAAGAACCCUGAGUUCUCCUUGGUUUUCACAGGAGAAAUGGCAUGAUUUACCUCUUGGAUGCUGAAAAAUCACAUGUGAAAAUAUAGGGUGAUAAUAUCCCAGUAUUCAAAAUAACUACGGCAGUGGAAAGUGUAGUGUAGUCCCUUUCAGCAGCUCGAGGCAUCUGCACACGGUCCUCCUGGCCUGUGGAAGCUUGAUAAUCUAUCUUUUGGCAUUAUACUGAUGAAAAAGAGAAGUUCUCCCCAAGCAGUGUGGUGGUGAUCUACCCAGAAGGGGGGCAUCAGCACUGGGGGUGUUUGUGUAGAACUGCCAUGUGGAAAAGAAAUCAUCUUUGAACUCUAACGUUCCACUCCUCGGCUCCUACCAAAGCCCAUCGUGGCGGGACCCGGUGACCCCGAGGCUACCCUGGCAGGACAAAGUGAAGGCUGCACAAACAGUAGAAAUGCCAUUUCCCCGCUCUCCCUUCGUUUCCCAGUGCAGUUUCUGCCAUGUCUAGGCCAGUUAGGAACUUUCUGUUCCCUUCUUGUCCCUUGGAGGAAGAAAUGGGAGUCAGGCCGAAUGGCCUGAGUGUGCACAAGCUGGCCAGAGCCAUCGCUGCCUCAGAUGUGGAGAGCUUCACCCUGCGAGAGGCUUGCUCGUCUCGUCACAGGUCACCAAUGCCCAAGAGGGCAUUGGGAUCGGGUGCGGGCAAUGUCCACAUUGACCACGAGCGCAGCUCACUGGCACCCUAGUGAAGAGUGUGCUCUGUAAAAAGCCUGGUUGGAGCACCCACGGCUCCUCAGCUCUGCUGACAUUAGAAACCAUGAAAUUCGGUCUCAGUCCAGUAUGGGUUUGCACUUGAGAAGCAGGUUGAAUCCUGUAGUCCCCCUCCCCCCUUUGGUAUGGUGUGAAGGCACACACAUCGCUUUGACUUGGACAUUGAGACGUCAGCCUUGUGCUUAUUUAAUGUUGGUAGAAAAUGAAUUUAUAAUAAUUCAUCUGAGCGUCUACCCCAUAAGAUUUUUGCAGUGAUUCUUAACCUGUUCUGGAAUCUCGCACUGCAGACCUCUGCAGUAUAUGUGGGUUCAGUGUCCCUACUGAAGGAAUGUGAAACGCCUUAAAGCUGGCAGCGCUCUGGUGCAGCUGAUACAGAUGUGGGAUGUCCCAAUCCUGAUCUCCUGAGGCAGGUCACAGUCAAAGCAGGGUCUUCAACAUCUUCUGAGAGCUUUAAGCUCUGCGUGUAAGGUACAUAGGAACGUCACCGAGACUUGGGGGGAGGGUCUCAUUGUCAAGCUGUCUCACAGCUGUCUGUAGAAGUGGAUAUUUGAAGUGUGAAGCACCUCUGCCCACCCCCAUAAGGGAGUCUCUCAGGAUACUCCCAGAAGCACUUGUAGAGUCCUGUUUAAAGGAACGAGGGACAGUCCAUAGGACGUCGUCUCUGCAAGUCAGAAAUCUGAAAGACACACUCAUCUCGACUGCCUGCCACAUCUAGUGGAGAGAGGUGGGGGAGGGGGAGAGAGGGCAGGCACACCAGAGAGCCACCCUGAGUGGGCGUCAAGUCAGUAGCAAGCUGAUGUUUGCUGUGAGAAGGUGUGGGAGCCAGAAUCAGUCUUUCAUAAUUUCAUAGUAAGUUGUCAGAUGAUGCCCUUUUUCCUUGGGGUGCAGGGAGGGAGGAAGGAUGGUGUGUAUUUUAUCUUUGGAAGAGAAAAAUAAAUUGGAAUUAUUUCCUAGAAACUUGGAAAACUCCACUCAGUUCAUCUGGGAGAGAAUGCUCACUGUGACUUCGUGUCCCAUGUUACAAAAGAGCUGUGUAUAUAUGUACAUGUCCCCACGCAGCUAUUUGAUACUUGUAAUUUUAGAUUUCAGCUUAACAGAAGACAAUAUGAAAACUUCUGGUUUACAAAGUGUAAAAUCUUAUACAAGCCAAUGGAACCCUCUAUCUCCUACCUCACUGUACACUCGGCUGUCUGUCAUCAGUUUUGUGUACAUAACGUCAAAUUUUUUGCUUUAAAUGUAACUGUAAAUAUUUGCUUUUGGAAAGUUACUUACCAUUUUAUGAUAAAAUGCAGUUCUCUCCUCAAUUUUAAGAUUUUUUAAGACACUUGGCUUAGUCUCCCUGCCUAUGAACAGCUUAGCAUUAAGAGUUAAUUUUUAUGCUGUUUGGUAAUUGGCCAAGUGUAGUAUUUCUUAAGAUUUAGCAUUACUUUUAACAGCCAGCAUAUAAUACAAGUAACUACACUACCUCAUACCUAUGUGAUUUUCAAGUUGUAUUAGAUGGACAGGAAAGAUUUUACCUAUGUCUUUUGGCCAUAAGGUGGGUUAGUUUUCUGUAUAUUGCAUAGCAUUACACGUUUAUGCCUAUUUUAACUUUUUUUCUAAGAAAGUUUGUUUCAAGGCAAUAUUUUUUGGGGGGGAAUGCCGAAGACAAGUGAUAGGAUCAUAUGUGCACAACGUAUGCCUUUUCCUUCAUGCAGAGUUUUGACAAUGUUUCUAGUUUGUGUUUUGCAUAUUCACACAAUCAUGGCUCCUUGUUGUAUGAUCUGGCCUUCUCAAUGCCUGGUGAUUUUUUUAAGUUGUCAUAUCUGACUCAAUACAAUAAUGUCAUCUUAAAUUUUUGCCCCUUAUUUGAAUACUAUAGCUACAAGCAAAUACUUCGUUAAAUUGUUAUAUUUGGAAUAAAUAUGGGUAUAGCAUUGGUUGUCCAUCUGCAAGCUCUGUAACAAUUUACUGUAGCUUGAUGCCUAGCCAGUUUUAAGUUAGGAAUUCAACACUUGUGAUACAGGGGAUGGUGGAGGUGGUGUGAGGACACUCAGCCACAUUGACAACUUGGAAAAAAGAGAGGCGAACAGCGAUGUUACAGUGAAUUCUCAGGUGACCCUUCCAGUUACAAAAACAUCUAUUUUGAAUUUGUAAAUAUUUUAACUGUUUUGUUAGGCAUGUACUAAGCUAUUCUUCGACACCUGUUGGGUAGAAUGAAAAUUUAAAGCCAUAAUGGUAAAAGAUGGCAUACUGAUUGUAAAAUAAGCAAGUAAUAAUAUUGAUGUUUUGUAUCUUUCAUAAUGUAAUUUUUCUAACUGCAAUAAAACCACUGAACUUCUAUAUCCAUGUCCUAUUAAGCCCAUGUUUCAUUAGAAGUACACUUUAUAAUAUUUAAUUUACAUUUGCUUCCUAAUAUGCUUGUCUAAAUGUGUUGAAAUAUAAGUGUUAGACGCUGACAGUAGACUGACAGUGGAAUAAAGUUCCUAACCCUGCUUUUAA